AUAUAAAAAAAAUAAAAAGUCCCGUUACAAAGGCGAAACUCCGUAGGGCGCCAAUGAGCAAGGCAUCGUCUGCGGUCAUAACAAUGUUGUCUUACGCAAGGAGGCCGUUUUCAUGUCUCACUCAAAAUGUGUUUGUGCUGAGAAACACGGUUGGAACUCACAGAAGCCAUUGCCUUAAGAAUCAGUGGCUGCAGCGGCCCUUCUCUACCGGCAAGAGUGGCUCCAGUAAGACGUAUAUGUGGAAGAGAUAUGGGAAGCUGCUCGGUGUGGGUUUCGGUGUCGGUGCCUUUGCAGGGGCUUACUACGCCUACGAGUUUUAUAAGAAGAUCAGCACUCCAGUGGCCAACCCCUCAGAGGGUGGAGAGUAUAUCCUUAAAGAGUCGCCACCAGAGUACGCCCCGGCAAGAACAAUUCAUGUGCCAACAGACACCACUGGUUUGAAGAUCACACUGUUUCAGUACCAGACAUGCCCAUUUUGCUGCAAAGUCAGAGCAUACCUAGACUUUUAUGGCUUCAACUAUGAUGUCAUUGAGGUCAACUCUGUAACCCGCUCUCAGACUAAAUGGACAGACUACAGAAAAGUUCCAUUUCUCGUCAUAAAGUUUCCAGAUUCUGAAACCAUUCUGCAACUGAAGGACAGCACCAUGAUUAUAUCUGUCCUGCAGUCUUAUCUUCACAACAAGAAUGAGAAUAUACAGAGUUUAGUCAAGUGUUAUCCCACCAUCAACUAUACAGAUGAAGAAGGAGAAAAGCGCAUUGAGAUAAUGAACAAGUACUUCCUCAUGUAUGGACAGCAUCCAUCAGGACGCACAAAGGAGGAUAUUGUAGAGGAACGCAAAUGGAGGAAGUGGGUUGAUGAUGUCCUAGUCCAUGUACUGUCACCAAAUGUUUACAGAACUCCAUCUGAGGCCUUUCAAGCAUUCCAGUGGUUUUCCAAGGUUGGCAACUGGGAACAGCUUUUUGCUACUUGGGAAAGACUGUUGGUUGUAUACGUUGGAGCAGCUGCCAUGUAUAUCAUUGGCAAGAACUUGAAGAGAAGACAUCAACUGCAUGAUGAUGUACGAGAGUCAUUUUAUGAGGAAGUUAAUGUCUGGCUGAAGGCUCUCAAGAAGAAAGGCACAAGGUUUAUGGGGGGUGAUGUUCCAAACUUAUCAGAUCUCAGUGUUUAUGGUGUUCUGACAGCAGUAGAGGGCUGUGAUGCAUUUCAGGAUGUUAAGAAAAAUACAAAAAUAUCACAAUGGUUUGAAAGCAUGACAGAAGUUGUAAAACAGCAUGGGGGUGCUACACUUGUCAGUGAGAGAGGCAGUUCUGCAUGAUUUUGAGCAGGUCAUCUGUGGCUUAGGCGAUAGGAGAUAUAUUUGUUCAUGCAAUGUUUGCUUGCACAUAUUUCUCCUUUAAUGAUCAGGAAGAUUCUAGUGUGAAUAAUAUUUAAAUUGUACAUAUGAAUAGAACUUCUUGAAUUAUCAUAGGAUGCUAUGAUGAGUCUGUAAAUCUGUUUUACCUUAUUCAGGGCAUUAUUUGAAAGUGUGCAUCAAUGGUUUUUUACUAAUUACAAGAAUUCAUACACAUAUUUUGUACCUCAAAAUUGUCAUUGAUUGGUUGAAACUGAAAUUAGAUAUUCACUUAAGAUUUUGUUGUGGAUGCAGUCAACAAGUGUGUAUUUUUUAUCACUGAAUAUGUAAAUAAAAUUUUAGAUUGAACCAUAAA